GAAUCUCGUAAGCGAUUGACGGCCAGGGCCUCGGUCAUGGAGGCCAAGCUGCUCAAGACCAGCAAGUUCGAAUAUGUCCAAACCUUCAUGGGCAGAGUCCGGUCGUCCAUCGCGGAAGGCACUUUGAAUGAAGAUGCCAUGGACGCCCUCCGGAAGGGCAAGAAUCACCAGUCUCCACAGCAGGUCCUCUGGAAAGGCUUGGAUCUCGACAUGGAAGACGAGGCCGACGGUGAAUUCUGGCAGGAUCAAUCCGCUGAGUUCUCUCAGUUCGACAGCCGGCUGAAAGCGGCGGAGAAGCGCCUCGACUUCCAUGACCAGCUCCACACUGAAGCAGAGAAAGAGAAGAGGAUUGGACACUUGUCCAUUCGCCGGAAGGGCCCCAUGGACAUCCCCACGUUCCAUUCUGAGGUGAAAAAGUUUCAAGCAGCAGUUGACCACUCCAAGGACAUCCGGAAGUUGGUGUCCCGGCAGGUUGUCAUGAGGGACGAGGUUCUGGUCGAGGCUUGGAACAGCAACACAAAGGGAGAGUUAAAGUCGGCUCUCAUUGAUCUCGUCUGGGAGAAAUCCUUCAAGCUCCUGGUGCUGAAUUGCAUUGGCGAGUCCGCGAAGCACCUCGGAAUGCCUGCCCGGGUCUUCCACAGCUCUCUUUACCAAAUGGCAGAGGCAGAUUCCGAUGCCCUCGGGCGCCCGCAGCACAUCCGGCACAGCUUCCAGGGCUUCGAUGCGUCUGAGUAUGAGUGGGACGUGAGGGCCGCUGCUGAGAAGGACGCAGAGGACGACGUGGUGAUCGCGCGGGGCUCCGUGGAGCGCCAGGGGGACGACAGCAAGCGCAUGACCAUCCUGAUCGCCGAGAGCAUCCCCUUCACGAAGGGGGCCGCCAAGGGCAGCGACCUCCUACCGCUCUUCAAAGACAGCAUGCACAACAAAGUCGUGCUCCCAUUCGAGAUUGUGACCAAGAUCGUCGACAGCGGCAAGAAGGACAAGGACAAGGAGAAGCCAAAGACCAAGAAGAAGGCCAAGAAGGACACCUAG